AUGGUUUAGCUUGCUAGUUUUGCGAACCGUAGGUUCUUAUUAUCCUUAUUGGAUUGAUAAAGUAAAAUCUUAUUUAUCGUAUUCUUGUGCCCUUUUGCUUGUUUUGUUCACCAAUCAAGCGUCAGUCAUAAUCAGGUUUUGUCUAAAUUAUUGUCGGGCAAAGUUUUCUGAUUGUUUCUUUUAUACCGGUCGACUGCAGGGUCAUUAUCUUUUUAAUAAAAAAUGGAGGAGAAUACAAAGGAACACCUUGUUAUAUCUGGCAAUAAUACAUAUCUUGGAACUUAUAAUUGGCUGAUCAUCCAGGGCAAGCUUGCACAAGGCAAAUCUCAUAGAAGAUCACGGAAAAUUUUUUUUUAAUUCCUCAAUACCAUUAUAAAUUUAUCUCAUUAUGUCUCGAUCAAUGGCAUCAUACCAGCUUAUUUCCUUACAAUAAAAUUUAUAUUUCCUUUGGAAGAUUGAUCAUUCAUUUUACAAAAAUCAAGUUAUGGAGAAGCUAGUUUCAAGCUGGUAUAAGGAUCAACCUUUGCCUGAGUCAUAUAUAUUCCCACCAGAUAAAAGGCCUGGCAAGCUUCUUGUUCCAAAAUCCAAUACCGUUCCAGUAAUUGAUCUCGCUGAUAAUCGAACUGAUAUAAUUCAGCAAAUGUUGAAGGCUAGCCUAGAGUUUGGAUUGUUUCAGGUUGUUAACCAUGGAGUUCCAGAAAAAAUUAUUAGUGAAACCAGGAGUGUUUUCAAGGAGGUUUUUGAGAUGCCAGCAGAGGACAAGGCAAGCCUGUACUCGGGAGAUCCAAGUAGAUGCAAGCUCAUCACUAGCACUUCAAAUUAUGAUAGUGAAAAAAUCCACCUUUGGCGUGACAAUCUAAAACACCCUUGUCAUCCUUUAGAGGAGUGCAUCAAAUUUUGGCCUGAAAAGCCAACCAGAUACCGAGAGGUCGUUGCAGCAUAUUCAAUUGAAGCAAAUAAAUUGGGAUCAACAAUCCUGGAGUUGCUUUGUGAAGGCUUGGGCAUUGAAUCUGGGUACUUUGAGGACAAACUAAGUGAAAAACAGAUGCUAUCAUUUAACCAUUACCCACCGUGCCCUGAUCCAAGUUUGACUCUAGGAAUUCCUGCACAUUGUGACCCCGGCAUCUUAGCCAUUCUACAUCAAGGAGAUGUAUGUGGGCUUCAGGUAUUCAAAGAUGGGGAAUGGAUUGGUGUUGAGCCUCUUCCUAAUGCAUUUGUAGUUAACAUAGCCUACCAAUUACAGGUAAUCAGCAACAACAAGCUGAAGAGUGCUGAACAUCGGGCUGUGACAAAUUCGAGUGAUGCUCGAACAUCAGUUGUCCUCUUUAUCAGUCCUUCUGGUGACAGUAUUAUAGAGCCUGCAAAAUCUCUAAUUACUGCAACCAAUCCCCCACUGUGUAGACCUUUUCAAUCCAACGAGUUUCUGGUUAACUUCUUACCCACGGGGAAAGCUGAUUUAGCUCUACAGCCUUUUAAGCUCAAAACUUAAU